UCCCCCUCCGUGAUGCGGUGCUUCGCUUCAAAACUGCAGCUGCCGGCCUCAACCAGCGCAUCGCAAGUUUGCAAAGGGAAGCCACUCCCAGCCCUCUUGCUCUGCGGACGGUGAAUGACCAGCUGAUGCUGUUAGAAAGGACAUUCCUGAACCCGAGAGCAUUUCCAGAGAAGCAUUAUUACAGCCACGUCAUCUGGGCCUCCAGCUCGUCGUCCGUGGCUACCUUCCCAGGCCUGGCCGACGCCGUGGCUGCGGCCAAAGACCAGGACAAGUGGGACGAUGUCCAUAAACAUCUGACGGUGGCUAUCCAAGCGGUGGAGAACGCUGCUUCCUUUCUCGAACCCGUGGCCGAAUGACCCGGCCUCAUCGUGGCCCUCUUGGGAAGCCUCGAUUGUGACACGCCAGAUUUACGUCGUCUGAAGAAAUAAAAGCUUUGCACUUUAUAAACCCUU